AUGUGGGGCUCAAGCUUGGUUAAUGAGCAAGAAGAGCGGCCAUGGACCAAUGGAGCAGCCGCGAAUGUGGCUAGCAUGUCCCUUGGCACAGGCAUCAUUGCUGCAGCGGAUGAGAGGUGGUGGAGCGAGGCGGUCUACACCUCCCUCAUUGGACUUGUUACACGUACUGCAGAGGCGGAGAUCGCCGAAAUUGAGGCCAACCUCUCGCCGGCUUACCGUGCUUAUAAGGUGCGCCGUCUUGAGUCAGCGGCUGCCGACGGCGUGCCCGACAGCAUUCCCCACAAGCCGCCGAUCAAUGCGCCGACGUACUGCUCCGCCGCCGCCGACCGCAGGGCAUCCGCGGCGGUGAGGGCCACGGCAGAUGCCUCCUCGAUCGUGGCUUUCAUCGACAACACGGCGGGCCAGGCGGCGUUAUCCAAAGGAUACGGCAAAGAUCCGGCGGCCAACGUCAAGGCCUUCGGCGACCUGGGGUUUGCCACCAUACAGCAGCGACCGACGAGCUCCGCACCACGGCACAGAGCUUCCAAGGCUGAGCCGGCGCGGUGUGGCGAGUCGGUGCGCACGGCCGGUGCAGAAUGCGCCCCGGUACCGGCUAGCCGUUCCAGCCUGCUUCGUCGCCGAGCGGCGUGA